CUGGAGAAUCAGAGGGUGCCAGCGAAUACCGGUCGCAAUUAAUGAGACAUUCGCAUCGAUGUUGGGAUUGAAAGACGCAUGUCGUUGCUCUCUGUCUGUGAUAUUCGAGACCCGACCAGGUGGUUAAGGUUGCAUCACUACGUCAUGGAUUACAGGGAUGCGGCGUCCGAGAGAGCCAACACCUCCAACCUCAUCGUCGCGGAGAUUGUCUGGUAUGGCCUGGAAAUAACGAAAUACCAUUCUACGGUAGAACGUAGAACUUCUAUCCUCUUAAAUUACAACGCCAUGAUCAUUUCCUAUGCACCAGAUGCGCCUCCACAGUCAUGAACGACCCAGGCGUAGAUGAGCCUAUCUCCAAUGCCGCCGACAAUUUGGAGGACGACCCAUAUAUUGCCGAGCAGAAGCAGAAGGAGAAGGAGGAGCAGGACUUUCUGGACCCCAGUCGGUGGUGGUUCGCAUCGACUGCGAUCCCACUCAUUGCCGGCACGUUCGGUCCGAUAGCGAACGCAUUCAGUAUAUGUGCUCUGGUACAGAGCUGGAGGAGCUACAUACCGGAAGGAAAAACAGAGAACUUGGCAGAGCGCAUUGAAGAUCCAAGAUGGCUCAUCGCCAUCAACGCCGUAUCUCUGGCUUUCGCCCUUAUCGCGAACAUCUCCCUUCUCCUCAACAUGGCCCGUCGACUUCCCUUUCCGAUCGCCCAACCCAUCACCAUCAUCGGCUGGAUGAUCUCCGGAGUCCUGCUCAUUGCCCUCGUGGUGGUCGCGAACACCUCCGUGUUCCGGUUUGACCCACCUGAACGACAUUCAUUGACCCAGGCAUACUACUACGCGAUCAUGGCGGCCGGCCAGUACAUGAUCAUCUCCAUGCUGAUGACCCUGACCGUCUUCGGCGCCAUCCGACACCACUACCCGAAAGAGUUCCGCCUGACCAUGAGCCAGCGCACCCUCAUGCUGCAAACCAUCGCGUUCAUGGUGUACCUGCUCGUCGGCGCGCUGAUCUUUUCUAAAAUCGAAGGAUGGCUCUAUCUCGACGCCGUCUACUGGGCCGACUUCACCCUCCUCACCGUCGGCCUCGGCACCGACUUCUCCCCCAAAACCCACGCCGGCCGCUCCAUCCUCUUCCCCUACGCCAUCGGUGGCAUCGUCACUGUCGGCCUCGUCGUCGGCAGCAUCCGCAGCCUGCUCCUCGAGCGCGGCAAGCACAAGAUGCAGGCCCGCAUCACCGAGAAGACGCGCGAGCAAGCCGUCCGCCACGUCGACCGCGGCCGCCGCACCAUCUCCCUCGGCCUCUUCCAAACCUACCACUUUGACCAGGUCGGCCUCACUGAGCUCCAGCGCCGCGAGCAGGAAUUCCACCUCAUGCGGAAGAUCCAACGGUCCGCCCAGCUCCGCCGCCGAUGGAUCGCCCUCGCCUUCUCCAGCGCCGCCGCCCUGCUCCUGUGGUUCGUCGGCGCUGCCGUCUUCCACCAGGCCGAGCACCGCGACCAGGGUUGGACGUACUUCGGCUCCCUAUACUUCGCCUACACCAGCCUCCUGACCAUCGGCUACGGCGACUUCUACCCGGCCUCCAACGCGGGGAAGCCCGUCUUCGUCUUCUGGACUCUGCUCGCCGUCCCCACCCUCACCAUCCUCAUCUCCAACAUGGGCGACACCGUCGUCAAGGGCGUCAGCGACUUCACCAUCUGGCUCGGCGCCAUCACCCUGCGCCUCCUCCUCCGCGACGUCGACGCGUCCCCGCCGCGCCAGUACACCUACCCCGAGUGGACGUACUACCUGCAUCUGCUGGGCCAGCAUGAGUGGGAUCCGACGCAGCAUCGUGCGCCGCCGGUGAGCCCGCUGCCGAGGGAUGUGCCGCAGGUGGGGUUGGCAGGGGGGCGGUUAGCGGGGUUGGGGAGACAAGUGAUAAAGACGGCGCGGGGCAUGGGUCCCCACCACCCCUCAUCACCCCCAACCACGAACGGCAAAGGGGAAGAGGAAGACGAGAGCGCGGACACGGAGCACGAGCGGCUGAAGUGGAGUUGGUUGGGGACGCGGAGCCCGCUGAUGGGGAAUAAGAGCGAGGCGGAGUGGAUUUUGGAGCGGAUGAGUCGGUGUUUGGAGAGAGAAAUGGCGUGGCGGGAUGAUCCGGGGGGGAGGCCGGGGUGGGAGCCGCCGGUGAGUGUGGAGGCGUUGCGGAGGGUGGAGGAGGGGGGGGAUGGGGAUGAUAAGGAGGAUGGGGUGAUGUAG